AUGUGGAACUGCGGUCUGUUUCGUCGAGUUGCUGAAAUGGGUUCUGCAGCUUCAAGUGGAACACCCGAACCUGAGAAAGCAAUAACGGUUUCCGAUCGCAUAGCUGCAUAUUUGAGCGAAAAACCACUCAGAAUGGCUCAUAUGCUAAAAGCAACUAAGCUUAUCAACAAUUCAUCACCAGAGGAAAAGCCAGUCUUAUUCGAAAAUGGAAUUAUCCAAACAAUAUGCGAAUUAAUUGCUGAGAGCGGUAGUGUCUACUCGAAUCAGAGAGCAGAUUCGGAGGAACGUAAGCGUCGACGUUCAAGACGAAAUUCAAACUCGACGAUUCUUCAACGUGGGGUCGGCUAUGGUCAUGGCUCCACCAGAUCUAAAUGGAAUAUUGAACGAACUGUCGAGGAGCGAUUAGCUCGUGAAGAACAUCUCAUAUGGCUUUUGAAUGCGUUAAAUGCCUUUUUGUACUGUUGUUCACCGGAGUUCAAGACAAAGCGUCAAGCAGACAACUAUGCUUAUAUCUCAGCGCCGGUUGUGCGUGAAAUUGGCGAAUCAGCUGUUAUUGUGCUUCUUGAAUAUCACUUAAAGAAUGACAGUGUAUUCGAUGUCAGCGAACAUAUGGAAUUAUACCAGGCUUUAUUGGAAACUGCUGCUUCAAUGGCUAGCGUACCAGCUUUGGUUCCUUAUUUAGUAAAGCCAUACGCUGAAGGAGCAAAGUCAAUUGCCAAAGAACUCGUCAUACCGUUUAAGGAAAUUAUGUGCGCUUACACAACGACGUGGAAAGAUCAAAUGGGCUCUCCUGACUUCAGAAUGAUUGACUUCAUCGAAAAAGUUGAAAUAUAUACGGAGGUUAUUUUGCAAGCUGCUAGGGAAUAUGAACGAAAUCUACCAGAUGAGGAACGAAUAUCUACUGCAUCUGCGAUGAGACCUCGUGCUAUACAAAACGAAGUGUCGAUGAGCAGAAAACCAUUAGAAUCGUUGGAAGAUAGGAUGGAAACUGCUCCCGAUGCAUCUAUACUGUACGAGAAAUCUCUUAAACAUCUCCAAAUACAAUCACACAGAUUCAUUGGCAAUUAUGGAAAACUUGUGAUUCCAUUCACAUUUAAGAAAGACAUCCGCAACACAAAUCCGUUUGCACCUUCCUUGCGUGAAAGAACAAAACGGAUAGCAAAAGAGUUGGCUUCUAUGCCAAACACGUUACCACUCAACGCCAGUAACAGCAUCUUCAUAUGCGUUGACGAAGGCAGAUGUGACAUUAUCAAGGUCCUUAUUUCUGGUCCGGAUGAUACGCCUUAUGCGAAUGGUCUUUUCGAAUUCGACGUGUUUUUCCCAACCAGUUAUCCAUACUCCCCACCAAAAUGCGCAUUCCUUACAACUGGAGCAGGAAAUGUGCGAUUCAAUCCAAAUCUGUAUAAUGAUGGGAAAAUAUGCCUUUCAAUUCUUGGAACAUGGGAAGGUCGACCAGAAGAAAAGUGGAACUCUUAUUGCUCACUGUUGCAAGUUCUUAUCAGCAUCCAGGGUCUGAUCUUUGUUAAAGAUCCGUACUUCAAUGAACCAGGCUUCGAAAAAUAUCAAGGCACUGAGAAGGGCAAAGAUUACUCAAGAAAAUAUAAUUUAAAAAUCGAGCACGCAACUUUGAAUUAUGCGAUAAGAGACCAGCUGAAAAAUCCACCGGAAUACUUUAAGAAGGUAAUCCAACGACAUUUCUGGCUGAAGCGCCACGCGAUCAUUGAGCAAGCGAAACAGUGGAUAGCGCAAAUAAAAAAAGAUGCCUUGGAGACUGAUCGUAGUCUGAAACGCAAGGAAAGCAUCUCUUUUGAAUCGCUCUGCAACCCAAAUCAUCAGGAGCGCUCCAUUCAGCAGCUUAUCAAUGACCUUUCCACUAUGCCCUGCCCUGUGGAUCAGUGUUAG